ACUUUUCCCCGCAACUCGUUGUCCAGACGUAAAUAUGCUGCCUCACUGCGAAAAAAAAAGUAUUGCAUGCGUAUUGCAUUUUUGUUGACACAACACGCGAGCUCAAGUUGAGGCCGGUAGUUGAGGGUUUGAUUAUCAUUAUUUCGGCGUAUAUUUGAUCUUUGAAAAGGAUCGAAAAUGGCGUCCGUAGCAGGUUCCAGUUCGUCCACUUCAAGUACUCAGAAUCCUAACGCUGGACAAGGACAACAUCAAAGCUGGAGGGAGAGGGCGUUCGUCUCGGAGCUGCCAUCCGACUUCCUGCGGCCGGACGGCGAGUCGGCCCCUUCCGGCGCCGGCUCCACGCAGGAGGAGCUCGACCGGCAGGCGGCCCUGGCGCUGGCACGUCACUACAACAGCCGGCGACAGAUGCCGGCCACGCAGACGGCUGCCGGCAGACUCAACCUCACCAUCGCACAGGCGAAGCUGACCAAGAACUACGGCCUCACGCGUAUGGAUCCGUACGUGCGCCUGCGACUGGGUCACUGCGUGUACGAGACGCAGACGUGCUACAACGGCGCGACCAACCCGCGCUGGAACAAGUCUGUCAUGUGUUACGUGCCGCACGGAGUAACCUCGAUGCACCUGGAGAUCUACGACGAGUGCUCCUUCACCGACGACCAGCUGGUCGCGCAGGCCACCAUUCAGAUUCCGGACUGCGUCAUCACCGGCGGAGAGACCUCAGAUGACUGGCACCCGCUCUCGGGCAAACAGGGCGACGGCAAGGAGGGCAUGAUCAACCUCAUCAUGAACUACACGCCGAUGUCGGGUGACAUGAGCGUGCCGGCGAUGCCCGGUCAGAUGCCGGUGAUGGUGGCACCCCAGCCCUACAUCGGCCUCAUGCCCACCAUCGGCGUACCCGUCUACUCGGCGCCGGCCGUGCCCACGCCCCAGGCGCAGCCGCCGGCCCGGCCGCCGCCCGUCACUCCCGAGGACGUGGCCCAGCUGAAGGAGAUGUUCCCGGCCAUGGAUGACGAGAUCAUCCGCUCUGUGCUGGAGCAGCGCGGCGGCGAUAAGGGCGCCGCCACCACCAGUCUCCUGGAGCUCACCGAGACGUAGUGGGGCGCUGCCGCCGGCCCGGCCACGUCUGUGUGUCUGUCUGUGUGUGGCCGGGGCUGUGAGGUCGGGGUGAGCCGGUCGUCCCAUAUCGCCCGGUGUUUCCUCUUCAGAGCGGGGCUGAGUGACUGCCGUGGUGAGCUCGAUGGGAGUUAUUGAGCUCACUGAGGGUGCGAUUCAGAGUAUGCACAUUGCACAGCGGUUUAAGUAACGCCGCUGUACCGCGGUGUAUGUCUUACUCGGAGCUUAUUGGACGUCCUGACGUUCGUUUGUGUCGAAAUCUCCCCGGGCUGCUAUGCCUCGAUGUGGCUUCUCAUGAUCCACGCCUUGCUACUCCGCUUUUUAAACCACCUCUGACCUCGCUUGGUCACUAAACUGCGUAGUGCGUAGUGUACUUAAUGCGCACCUUUUCUUGCCUUCAAUUUCUACCCAAGAUACCGCUGAUGUUCAGAGUUGUUUGAAGUUUGUUGGCUUGGAAUGUGCUGUGGUUUUCUUCUUAUUUUGUCAUUUCAAACUAGCUGUCCGUUUUACGAAUCGGACAUGAUCGUCACGAUUGAACGAAGCGUGCGUCUCUCAAACCACCCCUCUGACGCUGCUCUGGAUGCCCGAGUCUCGCUCUUGUAACGCCCAAUGACCCGGGCGGACUGCCAGCCGGCCGGCCACUAACCCCAGCCUGUAACUGCACUGUUACCUCCCGCCCCGCACGCCAUGCUUUGUGAUGGGUUUCUGUAGGGGCCAGACGCCUCAGUGAGUUUAUCCCACUGUGAGCCGCGCGUUCUAAUUGUUUAUUGGUUUGAAUCAAAAUGGAUAUGUUAUAUUCAUACAUCGAGGAGGCAUCUAUAGACGCUAUUUUUGUAUCUGUGAUUAUCAUGGGCGGCUGUUGUGUUCAACGCUCGGCUAACUGCUGUAAAUAGUGCUUCAGAGUCGUGUACGUAUAUUCACAAGUAUAAUAAAUUUGCACGUAAGA